AUGACACUCUGUAAAACCUCUCAACCCGAGGAUUCACUGUCAUCAUCCCAGCGUGACCGAUCGAAUCCUGAGUAUAAAUGGUGGGGCCAGUACAACGUAUCUAAAAACUCCACUGCGCAUGCUCGAGCGAGACGUUUUCGUUCGCGUCCACCAACCAUUUCCAGGCCCAAUUCUUGGAUCGGAGAGAAAGCCGACGAUGACCACUAUCCCAUUCUAUUCAUUAUCUAUCUGCGUUAUCUAUCUAUCUAUCUACCUCUGAUCAUUAACUAUCUAUCUAUCUCAGUUUGUUCAUUAUCUAUCUAUCUAUCUAUAUAUCUAUCUAUCUAUCUCAGCCUGUCCCCUUUCUUCGCCAACUUCCUGCUGGUGGUCGACUUAGAGAAGUCAGUGAUAACUCUCUGUCUCUCUCACAUCUUUCUCUCUCUCUCUCUCUCUCUCUCUCUCUCUCUCUCUCUCUCUCUCUUAAGAAUAAUCAUGUCUUUCCUCCACAUCAACGCCCUUCUUUCUUUUCCGUCUUUAUUUGCAACCUUUUCGUAUUCCCUUUUGUUUUUGUUAUUUUUAAAAAUGCCUCCCCGUCCGCCACAUCGUUUUUCUCCAUUUUUUCCAAUUUUUUCUUUCACUGUACUUUUUUGUACAUCUUCUUUUUUCCUUCUUGCCCACUGUCUUUCAUUCUGUCCUCCCAUCCCGCCUACUUUCCUCCUCGUUGUUUUCUUUCCUUUUCUCCUCACUGAUUUUUCUUUUCUUUCCUCCUCACUGUAUUUCUUUUCUUUCCUCCUCGCUCACGCUGAAUUAUCUAUCUGUUCAUAUCUAUGUAUCUAUCUCGGCCUGUUCUUCAUCUAUCUAUCUAUCUAUCUAUCUAUCUCAGUCUGUUCAUAUCCAUCUAUCUAUCUCGAUCUAUUUGAAUUUGAAUUUAUUCAUAUCUCUCUAUUCAUAACUAUCUAUGUAUCUAUCUCGGCCUGUUCUUCUAUCUAUCUAUCUAUCUAUCUAUCUAUCUGA